AUGACGGGAAGAGGUCGCGAUAUAGUAAACCUCAUGAUGGAAAGGAAAGUGGAUGUACUUGGCGUGCAAGAAACGAGAUGGACAGGAAACAAGGCAAAAGAACUUGGUGAGGGAUUUAAAUUAAUAUAUGGAGGAGCUGACAACGAUAAAAGAAAUGGUAUAGGAAUUAUAUUAUCCCGAGAUUUGAAGGACUUGGUUACAGAAGUGAACAGGAGAAAUGAUCGGAUUAUGUGGGUGCGGUUGGUGCUAGAGAAUUAUUCAGUAAAUAUUUUCAGUGUAUAUGCGCCGCAAACGGGAUGUACAGAGGAAGAAGAGGCACAAUUUUGGACUGCUCUGCAAGAAGAAAUGGAAAAGGUUGUUGAAAGUGAAAGAUGCAUGGUUGGAGGAGACAUGAAUGGACAUAUUGGAAGUGGAUAUGAUGCAAUCAGCCGGAUACAUGGGGGAAAUGUGUAUGGAGAUGGAAAUGAGGAUGGAGAGAAGAUAAGUGACUUUGCUUUAUCCUUAGACACGGUGAUCGGAAAUACUCGUAAGAGAAAUGAACACCUAAUUACUUACCGGAGUGGAGAGCGAGCAAGUCAGAUAGACUUCCUCCUCUAA